AUGUUCUUUAAGCUGCUGCUCGCCUCCUGCCUGGCUCUGGCCUUGGCCAAACCACAACAUCCGCCUGCAGCUCAAUAUCCAGCCGGUGUGAAUCCUCAGGACUGCCCAGGCUUCCCCAUCUGUGAUAAUGCGCGUCUGCACAAUCCCCAGCCCUGGAACUCCCCUGCCCAACACCAAUGGCAGCCGCAGCCCCAGUGGCAGCAGCCCCAGCCCCAACAGUGGCAACAGCCCGCAGCACCUGCCUGGCAGCCACAGCCCCAAUGGCAACAGCCUGCCGCACCCGCCUGGCAGCCACAGCCCUCCUGGAAUGCUGCCCCCGCACCGGCGGCCGGUGGCGACAAAUAUCCGGCGGGCGUGAAUCCACAAGUCUGUCCCAACUACCCGUUCUGUGAUGUGAAUGCUGGACAUGCUGCCGCACCUGUCGCGGCGCCACCAUUGCCUGGCUGGACGGAGCGUCUCUAUCCCGCUGGCGUCUCACCGCACCAAUGCCCCAACUUCCCAUAUUGCCACUAA